AUGCGAGAUCUUCCAAAAGUUGUAAAUAGCCGUUUAGUGAGGUGGGCUCUCCAGUUGAAUCAAUACAACUAUGACAUAGAGUACAGAAAAGGAGAAGAUAAUGUGUGUGCUGAUGUUCUAUCAAGACUUCCGAUUGAAGAAGAUCAACCUGAGGAGGCUCACAUUGGCUUUUUGAAUGUUGAUAAGGUUAACUCUAUCAUGUCUUAUGACCUCUUGAAACAAAAUUCAUUUACAGAUAAAGCAAUUAAAAUGGCAAAAAACUUUGUAUUGAGAAAUACAUGGCCCCCUGUUGUUCCUGAAAUGUUGAAGUCAUACAAACAGAGGAAAGAUGAAUUGAGUGUUGAAGAUGACAUAUUAUUGUGGUUUGGAAGAAUUGUAGUUCCAGAAUGCAUGAGAACUGAUGUUCUGAAGAUAUUGCACACAGGACAUCCUGGUAUUGUAUCAAUGAGGUCUGUAGCACGACACUAUGUAUGGUGGCCCAACAUGGAUAAAGAUAUCGAAGUUUAUAUCAAGAGGUGCACAUCUUGUCAAGAGAAUCGAGAUAAUGUGGAAGAAGUACCAUUAUAUCCUUGGAAUGUACCUGAUAGAGUUUGGGAAAGGGUACACAUUGAUCUGGCAGGGCCAGUCAACGGAUCUAUGUGGUUGGUAGGUAUUGAUGCUUUGUCAAAGUGGGCAGAAGUGGACUGUCUCAAGACAACAAACUCUUCAACAAUCAUUCAACGAUUGAGAUCUUGGUUUAGUCGAUAUGGAAUACCAAGUGAAAUUGUGACAGACAAUGGACCUCAAUUUGUAUCAAAGGAAAUGAAAACAUUUUUUGAGAAAAAUUCUAUCAACCACAUAAAAACAACUCCCUACCAUCCUAAAAGUAAUGGACUUGUGGAAAGACUAAUUCGUACUUUGAAAAGACGGUUCUACACAACAAAGCAGGAUGUUGGAGAUGGAAUGCUAGCUCUUCAAAAUGUUCUUUUUAGCUACAGAAACUCGCCUCAGAAAACAACUGGUAGGGCUCCUGCAGAAUUGUUUCUCGGUCGUAGACUACCAACAAUUUUUGACAAUAUGAAACCUAAUCUUAGGAAAAAGAUGGAGAUGAAGCUUUGGAAAGAACAAGGGAGGGACAACAAAAAAGUUCGAACUUUUGAAGAGGGAGAAGAUGUGUGGAUUAAGAAUGAACAUGGAAAUGGUUGGUCAGCUGGAAUGGUGAAAAAUAAAAAUGGACUGUACUCAUAUGAUGUACUUUGUGGAGGUGUUAUAAAAAGGAAACAUGCGGACCAGAUGAGACAAAGAAUGGGAGCUGUUGAAUCUGUGUAA